AUGGCUCCUUCUCAACACAAAACUCUUCUUCCACUCUAUCAACAAUUAAGACAAGCCAUUGAUGAAGAAGAUGAAGAUGUUAUUCAUUCCACUCUCGAAAAGUUACUCUCUUCCGAUAAGAAUUUAUCCUCCAAUGGUAUCAAUGAAUUAAAACAAUGUAAAACUAUUAAUCUCAUUCAAAGAGGAGAAUUUCAAAAAGCAUUAGACUCGAUUGGUAAUAAUUCUCUCAAAGCCUCUCUUCCAAAGAUUUAUUGUUUGUAUCGUUUGAAUCGAAGCGAAGAGGCUUUGAAAGAAAUUUCAAAAUUAGAACCAUCGAAUGAUACGUUGUUGUUACAUUUAAAGGCUCAAAUUUACUAUCGUAUGGGAAGUUACAAUGAAUCUUCACAAAUCUAUGAAUCCAUUCUUUUCAAGGAAUAUCCCAAUGCAUCGAAUAACUCUGUCACUAUUGAUAAUGAUGAAUUACUCACCAACAUGAGUGCCUCUUUCACCAUGAAUGGUAAUUACCAAAAAGGUAUAUCCAUUACCAAACAAUCGGAUCAUAAUACUCAUGAAUUAGCUUACAAUGCAGCAUGUGCAUCCAUUGGAUUAAAAGAUUAUGAACAAGCUGCCAAGUAUUUAGAAUUUUCAAAGAAAUUAUGUAAAGAAGAGGAUCAAAAUGAAUUAGCAUCCAUUAUGGUUCAAUUAGCAUUUGUGAGAUAUUUGAAUGGACAAGUCGAAGAAUCUAAAAAUAUGUUUGAACAAGUGUUUAAAAACAAUUCAUCCAAAGAUAGUGUGGCAUGUGCUGUUGCAGCCAAUAACUUGGUUGCUAUUCAAUCAAAUCCAUCUUUGAAUCCAUCUCUAUCAUCCAAUGAUGUGUUAGAUGCUCAAAAGAAAUUGAAAUAUGCCUAUCAAGAUAAAUUACAAGGAAAAUUAACAACUCAACAGAUUAAGGGAGUUACUUUGAAUAAUGCACUCUUAUUACUUCAAAUGGGAAAGUAUGAAGAAUGUGAAAAGGUUGUACAAUCAGAAUUGAUGACUCAAGAUCAAGAAUUACCUACAUUGAUUCUUUCCUAUAUUUACUUGAAACAAAAGAAAUUGAAAGAAUCUAUUCAAAUAUUAGAAGAAUAUUUAAAAGACAAGAAUCCAUCCGAUACUGUUCAAUUAGCUCUUGCUCAAUACUAUUUACAACAAGGAACACCAGAGUACUACAAGGAAUGUAUUCGAGUAUUGAAUCAAUCUAAAUUUAGAAAUCAGAAAGGAGUUGAAAGUUUAUUAAUUGCUCUCUAUAUGAAAUUGGAAGAUGUGGAUUCUGCUAUGGAUCUCUUUCAGAAAUCUCUUACCAUACUAGUACCAUCGUUGUCGUUGUCGUCGACCACAACAACCACCACGACAACUACGAGCAGUUCUACUAGUACCAACCAACACACCAUUGAAAUGGCUACUGAAUUGGCACGUUUACAAGUGGCACACAAAAAGUACAAGGAAGCAGCCUCUACCUAUGAAAUGUUAACCAAAAUUGAUCCUUCGAAUGUUCAACAUUUGGCAGGUCUUAUCGAUGCCAUGUCCUAUUAUGAUAUUGAUGCUGCUGAGAAGUAUGCCAAGAAUUUACCGGUCAAUGAAAAAUCUCUAUCAUCCGUUGUACACACAUCAUCCAUAGAAGAAUUGGAAAAGACAAGUUCAGUGAGCAUGUUCUCAUCAUUGAAAUCCACCAAUGAUUCCUCUUCUUUAAUCAUUCAUUCCAUUUCAUCAUCCUCAAGUCAGAUCACACAGAGACAAUCCAAUGCUCUUCAAAAAUCAGAUGAAAAGAAGAAACGAAAGAAGAGAAGAAACAAAUUACCAAUUAGAAUUGCACAAGAUACAAGAGAAUUUAAAUCAAGAUGGGAAUCCAAGAAGAAGCAAGUGGUCAAGACUGGAACUGGAUUUGGUCAUCAAGGCUCCUCAGACGUUGAAGCUCAGAAAGCAGUGUUGCACAAGAAGGGUCAAAAGACAAUAUUAACACCUGAACAAGCUGGAUUGAAGAGUGCUAGUAGUAGUUCUAGUGGCACCAAGAAGAAGAAAAAGUAA